AUGAGAGCAGUCUUUUCCAUUUCUUUAACUCACAAGAGAUUUUUGCUCCUCCACAGUUUGAUCACAGUCAUUGUUUUGUACAUUUUUGAAAAACUCCCAAGUCACGACAGCUCAAAAUCAAAUAAAAUUGUACAAAGCAAUGAUAAAAAUCCUAUCGGUGGACCAGGGAACUCUACAGCUCUGUUCACAACAGCGGCACCAUUCAACAUAUCAACAGCGACACAUUCGCCACCGUUUCCUCACACGACAGCACAACCUCCAGGUUUUGUUUCUUCUUCGACGACCUCUCGACCCCCGAGUUCUGUGACUUCUUCAAUAACAAUAACCACUGGUGGGACUUCCUCCCAGUCAAAUCGCCAGCCUGUCGUGCCAGCUUAUCCCUGCACGGCUGGGUAUUGUGAGAGACUGUGUUGCCCUGCUCCUCACGAGGAUGGAAGGGGAGAUCCUCCUUACACUUUUCCGGAUCCAAUUGACGUAGAUCCUAGCCAGCCUGCAGUUAUUGUGAACAUACCUGUGGGAAACAAGAAGCACCCAACCAACAAUCCUGACUACAAUGUUUUCGAUAACAACAUUAUGCAUGGAUCUCCUUCUUACAACGUCAUCAACAAUGUUGGAGAUGGAGGAGAGUCUUAUGGGUAUCGCAAAAAAAGAGGAGCAGCACAGUGGGAGUUGAGCAUCAGUAACCAUUUUCGCACAAUCCUGAAUGUACGAGUUAUCCAUUCGCUCAAAGGAUUACCAGUGACUCAACCUUGUCACCUGACAUCAAGUGAAGACUAUGUUGUGAUGAACUACACAAUGCAGUUCCAGAGGACAUGUUAA